CAAGUGGGCGUGACCGCGCAAAGGAGACUCUCACUCACUUAAAUACCUCGUCAAAAAGUGCUAUUGGACAUGUUUUCGAAUUUCAAAUAGUCGGAUAGUCUCCGAGUUGUCGUUGAGUUGUUGGCGGGUGGCGGCGCGUCUCUCUCCCGAAGGAAAAUCUAGAUUUACUGUGUAAAACGCCUGCUAGACUUACUUCAAUGGAGACCAUCCCGUUGUUAAAAGAGAAGUUCUUCAUCGUCACACGUGGGAAGUCGUGGAAAGGCUUCUACCGGGGAUGCAUUGGUCGGGUGGAAUCGGAGACGCAACGCGGGGAGCUGAUGGGGCUUCUCUACUCCGGGGGGUCAAACGCGGGGGGACCCAAGAAGGGAGGCGUCGUGCGGAAGGAGGACACUUACCCCCUGAGCCGCCACCAAGCUCAGCUCCUGUUCUUCAUCUCCUCCGUGAACAAACGCCUGGAACUGCUGUGCAACCCGCAGCUGUUCUCGGCCAUCUGUGAGCUGACUGUGGAUGACCUGGUGGUGGUGAAGCACAGGAAGGGCCAUCAACCGGGAGUGGUGAAGAACCUGAUGCAGAUUGGGAAGAAGGAAAACAAAGACGAUCUGCAGAUGCUGGGAUUUGAAGUGGAAUUUGUGGACAAUGCUCCUGCUUCACUAUCCAAAAAGCCUGCUCAUAUGCCCCUGUUCAGUGCUGCAGACAUUAUCCAGGUGGUCCCAUCUUAUUCCAUCCCCCUGGGACUCAACUCUAAUCCUGGCCAACAUGGUGGCACGAACAAAAAGGUGCUGCGCAUGAACUCCAUGCCAAUUCUUAGAUCUCAUGGACAAAUGAAAGAAAAACGUACAGAGCAGAGAAGCAGCAUCAACACAUCAUGUGCACCUUUGGAGGUGGGGUCCAUGGUGGAGGUUGUGUCCAACACAGGGGUCACAGUUUAUGGGGUUGUGAGGUGGCUGGGUGUCCUUGAAGGAAAAAACUCCGAAUGGGCUGGACUCGAAUUGGACUACGAUGUGAACGGUUGUUCUGAUGGGACUUACAAAGGCCAGCGAUUUUUCACUUGCAAAAUUAGCAGGGCUUUAUUUGUUCCUGUUACUAAAUGCAACCCCGAUAGCAGGUUUGUCUGCUCCUUCACAGCAAGUGACACCGACAGCCAAGCAGAAAUACCUUCAGUUCCUCCAUAUGUGGACUCUGAGGAGUAUGUGGCACCCAUUGCUGAAUCGGAGGUCAUGUCUUUGUUAGUGGGAAGAAUGAAAGGGAUCCAAGGCCACAUCAACUCAUGUUAUCUGGACGCCACACUUUUCAGUUUGUUCAGUUCCUCCGUGACCCUGGAUAAUAUCUGCCGUUGGCCUGCAGACACUGUGCAGCCGAUUGCUUCUACACUGAGAAAAAUAGUCAACCGUUUACGCAGACAAGGCUUCGUACCUGCUGCCAGUGUGAUGAAUUUCCGCAAUCAGCUUGGCUGUGACACAUUUCGAACAGACGAAAAAGACCCAGAGGAAUUCAUCACAAUUCUCUUCCAGAAGGUUCUUGGGAUUGAGCCGCUGCUUAAACUCAGGUCGAGAAGUGAAAGUUAUCAAGGGGCUUACACAUUCCAGAUCUUUCUGGAAAAGGAGCAAAUGGCACAGAUACCCACCGUGCAACAGCUGAUGGACACUUCCUGCCUGUCAUCCGAUGUCAAGUUUGAAGAGAUGCCAUCCUGUCUGAUAGUUCAGAUGCCAAGGUUUGGAAACAAAUUUAAAAUGUUCUCUCACAUCAUUCCAUCCAUGGAGCUGGACAUCGCCGACCUACUUUACAACUCACCCAGGCAAUGUUUUAUCUGUGGGGAACUGGCAGAGCACGAGUGUCUCCAGUGUCUGCCAGAUCAAAAACUGCAUCCAGGAAGAAUUAAACAAUACUGCACAACCUGCAACACACAGGUGCACAGGCAUCCCUCGCGCCUGGGGCAUAGCCCAAAACCUUUGGCGGUUCCAGCUGAGGUAUCCGCAGCUUCCCCUGCAGCUCGGCACACCUUGCAGCUGUUUGCCGUGCUUUGCAUUCACACCAGUCACUACGUGGCCUUUGUCAAAUACGGUUCUGACCCACACUCCUGGCUCUUCUUUGACAGCAUGGCAGACAGAUGGGGUGAUGAUCAAAGGGGCUACAACAUCCCAGAGAUCCGAGCUUGUCCAGAGUUGGGUGACUUUUUGUCCAUGUCUGAGGAGGAGCAAGCACGGGCCAACCCUUCGUGUGCUCCCGAGCUUGUACGCAGGCUGCUGUGUGACUCCUACAUGUUUUUAUACCAGAAGCCAGCAAUGACUCUUUCUAGUACAAAUCAUCAGGAGCCUUAAAUGUAUGACGACAAGGACACAGUGUUCUUGCAAGAGUGGCUUAAUAAUACAUUUGCACUUUAUCAACCAGAUUUUUCAUUAUUGAAUACAAACAGUAGUCAGUGAUGUUUUUUUUUUUUUUUACAUACCUUAUAAUGCAGUAAUAUCGGAAGGAAAUGCUACGGUAGCUCACUACAAUUUUCCUUUACAUACUCAGACAUGAGAGGAGUAAAACGAACGUUUUUUUUAAUUAGACAUUUCUAUUGCUUUACUUUAUUGUUUUCCUUUUGUCAUGAAUACUGGGUAUUUAUGGUAAGAUUUAGAAUGUCACAUAUAAAUGCUUUUUCUUUUUAUUUCAUGCAAUAAAUCUAUUCAAGCACUUGGGGUAGACCUAAAAGGUA